AUGUCGGGCCAUCACCAUCAUCACGGCCACGGCGGCGGACAUUGCCAUGACGAAGACGGUCACGACCACUCCAAUGACAUCACCCCAGCCAUUCAAUCGCUUCUUUACUCUCAGGUUCAGUUCGACUCUAUCACAACACUCAACGAGGCGACGCCCAAGUCCGGCGCUGCGAUCGUUAAGAAAACAUGGGCGGAGAGACUCAACGAUGAGCCGGAGCUCGAAAGUGAUGCCGAUGAGCAGCUCCUGAUGUACAUUCCCUUUACCGGCCAAGUCAAAGUCCACUCUCUGCUGGUCUACACCGCGCCCACUCCCUCCGCCCCCAAGACGCUGAAACUGUUCAAGAACCGGGACGACAUCGACUUCGCAACCGCGUCCGAGUUGUCGCCCACUCAGACGAUCGAGAUCCCCCAGCCGGUUGCCGGCGCCGAUGUCUUUGAGAUCCCCCUGAACCGCGCGCAUUGGAAUGCCACCACCUCCAUCACCCUGUUCUUCGAGGAUAACUGGAGCGAUGGCGAGGAAGACGUGACCAAGGUCGGCUACGUGGGAUUCAAGGGGACUUUCAUGGCGCUGAAUCGCGAGCCCGUUAACUUCCUGUACGAGGCCGCGGCCAAUCCGAACGACCAUGUCGCUAUUCAGGGCGUCAGCGGUGUUGGCAGUAGAAUCCUGUGA